AUGGAGGGUGAGUUCGAUCUUGGGGGUUCAUUGGGAAGGGAGGCUGCAACAGGACUCGGAGUGGUUUUUGCAACAGAGGCUUUACUUGCCGAGUAUGGGAAGUCAAUUACUGAUACGAAGUUUGCUCUACAGGGUUUUGGAAAUGUGGGUUCCUGGGCGGCCAAAUUUAUUCAUGAAAAGGGAGGCAAGGUCGUUGCUGUUAGUGACAUCACAGGUGCAAUUAAAAACCCAAAUGGAAUUGAUAUCCCAGCUCUGCUGAAACACAGGGAGAUCACUGGAACUCUCAAGGAUUUCCAAGGCGCAGAUUUUAUGGACCCAAAUGACUUGCUUGUUCAUGAAUGUGAUGUUCUCAUCCCAUGCGCCUUGGGUGGAGUUCUCAACAAGGAAAAUGCUGCUGACAUUAAGGCAAAAUUCAUAAUAGAAGGUGCAAACCAUCCCACUGAUCCAGAAGCAGAUGAGAUCUUAUCUAAGAAAGGAGUUGUUAUACUCCCUGACAUAUAUGCAAACUCUGGUGGUGUGACUGUGAGCUACUUUGAAUGGGUACAGAACAUUCAAGGAUUCAUGUGGGAAGAAGAGGAAGUGAACUUUGAGCUUAAGAAGUACAUGACAAAGGCUUUCCAUGAAAUCAAGGCAAUGUGUAAACUUCAUGACUGCAACCUGCGAAUGGGUGCCUUCAGUUUGGGCGUCAACCGGGUUGCACGUGCUACCCUCUUGAGGGGUUGGGGAGCAUGAGCCAAUCUCUUAUUCCUGCCGUUCUUUGCACAUCAGAUGCAUUCACAGGUUAUCAUCCAAGAAAAAGUUACUGGCCUUUAUCUUUCUUUUCUUUUUUUUCUUUCUUUCUUUCUUUCUUUGUGCUCCUUUUCAAGUAUCUUUCUGUUUGAUAAUGGAAUUCAGCC